ACACACCCCAGCCCCGGAAGAUGGGGAACUGCCUCAAAUCCCCCACCUCAGAUGACAUCUCCCUGCUUCACGAGUCUCAGUCUGACCGGGCUAGCUUUGGCGAGGGGACGGAGCCGGAUCAGGAGCCGCCGCCGCCAUAUCAGGAACAAGUUCCAGUUCCAGUCUAUCAUCCAACACCUAGCCAGACUCGACUUGCAACACAGCUGACUGAAGAGGAACAAAUUAGGAUAGCUCAAAGAAUAGGCCUUAUACAGCAUCUGCCUAAAGGAGUUUAUGACCCUGGAAGAGAUGGAUCAGAAAAAAAGAUUCGGGAGUGUGUGAUCUGUAUGAUGGACUUUGUUUAUGGGGACCCAAUUCGAUUUCUGCCGUGCAUGCACAUCUAUCACCUGGACUGUAUAGAUGACUGGUUGAUGAGAUCCUUCACGUGCCCCUCCUGCAUGGAGCCAGUUGAUGCAGCACUGCUUUCGUCCUAUGAGACUAAUUGAGCCAGGGUCUCUCCUCUGACACUUCAAGUGAACCAUCAGUUUUCGGUGGUUUUGAUCUUUUGUCACUGAGCCCAAAGAGCCAGGGAUUAGGAAUUAAGAUCAUGCACAAAAGUUUCCUAAGAAUUCCUGAAUGGCUGCAGAUGUUGAGGGAAAGUACGUGAUAUUUUAGAAAUUUAGGGGGAAAAGUAGGAUGGUAUUUUUAUGUAAAGCCUUGACCCAGUGUUUAAAAUAUAUAAUUGUAUUUAGAUCUUGUUAUUGCUCCAGUACAUAGGAAUUGUGUAAAGUGUUACAGCAUCUGUAUAUGUUUAAAUUGUGUGUGUUGAAGAUUUAAUUAGGAAAAAGAUAGUGGUUAUUUUUCCUAAAUGAAAUAAUUCUUCCCUUACUUCCCCCCAACUCUAAUUCUUUUCUGAAAUUGCUGGCAUUUGGGUCAAGGUUUUAUUAAAAGCUACAUUUUAUAACACUGGCACAAAAAAAAAAAGUAGUUUUAAGCUUGUUUGCACAGUUCUUUUUUUCCAUUGGAAAUGGAAUCCAUUGCCUUAGGUCUUUUUAAAUAGUAUAUUAUUAUUGUUGGGGCUGGCUCUAUGCUUGAAAACCAGUUUAUUUAUAACCUGUUUAAAGUGCUACAUUCUGUUUGCAGUUAGGAAAUGCAGAAUUCAAAGUGAUCUCCUAGCUUCUAAGCAAACUGAGAUGCACUAUCCCUUUUCUAUAAAAAAUGAGUUAAUGUGUCAAGAAAACCAAUUGUAGUAAAGUGGGGUUUCAUAUUACCCUUUCUCCUAUGUGCUUUAUCUAAUUAUUUUGGUUGUUAAUAUGGUGACAAUUAAAAGUCAUGGUAAAUUUUAAAUGUUAAGAUUUCUGAUUUAUGAGCUUGAAUUACACCACCAUGCUAAUCUAAAAAUUAAAGUGGCAUGGGGUGAACUUAAAGAGAAAAAAAAUGUUCCUCGGUGAUAACAAUUUUGAUUUAUUCUUUUCCCUGUGCCCUUCCUCCCUGUUGUCUUGAACCAUAGCAAAAGGAUACUGCAUCUCUCAUUACUGUAGUACUGAAGUUAUAUAAAACACAUCUCAGUCUGUUUCUUGAAAAGGUAUCUGUUAAGUCCUGCUAGCUGACUGACAGACAAAUGUCAUAUAUAGGCAGAGAAAAUUAAGAUCAAUGUAUUUCAUGUUUUGCACACAAAUGCAGAGUUUGUAUAACCACAGACUUCAUAGUUGUGAUCUCAGAAAAGAAGGAAUUCCACCUUUAUCUUUUCUUGGAGUUAAUGUUAGAAUACUCUGAAUCUCUAAGCUUUUGAAGCAUUUUCAAUAGCGAUGGUCUAGUAAAGAUGUAGUAGUAAUGUUUUAUCCAUUUAGCAUGUGUUUAUUUUUCCUUAUGUACUCUCAAAGGUGUUUUAUUUGUUCAGCUCAGUGAUAUUACAGCUGAAAAAAAUCAUUCAUUAGCAAAAGGAGAAGCAGUCUCAACCUAACAAUCAAAUCAGAAAUUUAUCUUAUUGAUUAUUUUAUAUUGAGUUGAAUAUUUGACUCUUAACACUUUUCUACAUACAAAACAAGUAUCUUGAAGGUUCUUCAUAAUUGCAUUAUAGAGGAAUUCGGUAUGUCAUAAGUACUUUCUUAAGAUUUGACAUUUGACUGUAGUAUCAUAUGUUGGUUAAUUUCUUUUGAGCCCCAUGAUGGAAUGACUUAAAGAUUAAAUUGAGAAAAGUUGAAAGAGAUUAGAAUAUCAGGUUCUGUUAAAUUGUUAUAUGUAUCUUGCUUCUUAAGUUUUUGUUCAUUAAUUUAUAUCCACCCAAUUACAUAAAGCAAAUUUAUAU